AUGAUAACAAAAAACUCAAAUAAUACAAGUAAAUCUAAAGAGGAUGAAAUUUUAAGAAACUAUACUGAUAAAAAGACAUAUGAAGUUAUUCAAUAUUUAGAACUAGUUAACAAAUCUAAAUGGACUAACAUAAAAAUGUUAAUACUUAACUUCAUUAAUAAGAAUAAAACAGUGGUUACUUAUGAUUUGUAUAUUAAGUCAAUACUUCCUCUGUAUAAAGAGAAAAGUUUUAUUAUUAGAAAGGACAAAAAUUCUUAUGGUUUAGCAAAUAUUGAUGAUAUUUAA